GGAGGGAGGACCAGGAGACCCGCGGCCCCGCCUCCGCCGCGCCCUCCUCCCGGGCGGGAUAAUUGAACGGCGCGGCCCUGGCCCAGCGUUGGCUGCCGAGGCUCGGCCGGAGCGUGGAGCCCGCGCCGCUGCCCCAGGACCGCGCCCGCGCCUUUGUCCGCCGCCGCCCACCGCCCGUCGCCCGCCGCCCAUGGAGCGCGCCGCGCCGUCGCGCCGGGUCCCGCUUCCGCUGCUGCUGCUCGGCGGCCUUGCGCUGCUGGCGGCCGGAGUGGACGCGGAUGCCCUCCUGGAGGCCUGCUGUGCGGACGGACACCGGAUGGCCACUCAUCAGAAGGACUGCUCGCUGCCAUAUGCUACGGAAUCCAAAGAAUGCAGGAUGGUGCAGGAGCAGUGCUGCCACAGCCAGCUGGAGGAGCUGCACUGUGCCACGGGCAUCAGCCUGGCCAACGAGCAGAACCACUGUGCCACGCCCCACGGUGACAACACCAGCCUGGAGGCCACAUUUGUGAAGAGGUGCUGCCAUUGCUGUCUGCUGGGGAGGGCGGCCCAGGCCCAGGGCCAGAGCUGCGAGUACAGCCUCAUGGUCGGCUACCAGUGUGGACAGGUCUUCCGGGCAUGCUGUGUCAAGAGCCAGGAGACUGGAGAUUUGGAUGUCGGGGGCCUCCAAGAAACGGAUAAGAUCAUUGAGGUUGAGGAGGAACAAGAGGACCCAUAUCUGAAUGACCGCUGCCGAGGAGGCGGGCCCUGCAAGCAGCAGUGCCGAGACACGGGUGACGAGGUGGUCUGCUCCUGCUUCGUGGGCUACCAGCUGCUGUCUGAUGGUGUCUCCUGUGAAGAUGUCAAUGAAUGCAUCACGGGCAGCCACAGCUGCCGGCUUGGAGAAUCCUGCAUCAACACAGUGGGCUCUUUCCGCUGCCAGCGGGACAGCAGCUGCGGGACUGGCUAUGAGCUCACAGAGGACAAUAGCUGCAAAGAUAUUGACGAGUGUGAGAGUGGUAUUCAUAACUGCCUCCCCGAUUUUAUCUGUCAGAAUACUCUGGGAUCCUUCCGCUGCCGACCCAAGCUACAGUGCAAGAGUGGCUUUAUACAAGAUGCUCUAGGCAACUGUAUUGAUAUCAAUGAGUGUUUGAGUAUCAGUGCCCCGUGCCCUAUCGGGCAUACAUGCAUCAACACGGAGGGCUCCUACACAUGCCAGAAGAACGUGCCCAACUGUGGCCGUGGCUACCAUCUCAAUGAGGAGGGAACGCGCUGUGUUGAUGUGGACGAGUGCGCACCACCUGCUGAGCCCUGUGGGAAGGGACAUCGCUGCGUGAACUCUCCCGGCAGUUUCCGCUGCGAAUGCAAGACGGGUUACUAUUUCGACGGCAUCAGCAGGAUGUGUGUGGAUGUCAACGAGUGCCAGCGCUACCCCGGGCGCCUGUGUGGCCACAAGUGCGAGAACACGCUGGGCUCCUACCUCUGCAGCUGUUCCGUGGGCUUCCGGCUCUCUGUGGACGGCAGGUCAUGUGAAGACAUCAAUGAGUGCAGCAGCAGCCCCUGUAGCCAGGAGUGUGCCAACGUCUACGGCUCCUACCAGUGUUACUGCCGGCGAGGCUACCAGCUCAGCGAUGUGGAUGGAGUCACCUGUGAAGACAUCGACGAGUGCGCCCUGCCCACCGGGGGCCACAUCUGCUCCUACCGCUGCAUCAACAUCCCUGGAAGCUUCCAGUGCAGCUGCCCCUCGUCUGGCUACAGGCUGGCCCCCAACGGCCGCAACUGCCAAGACAUUGAUGAGUGUGUGACUGGCAUCCACAACUGCUCCAUCAAUGAGACCUGCUUCAACAUCCAGGGUGGCUUCCGCUGCCUGGCCUUCGAGUGCCCUGAGAACUACCGCCGCUCCGCAGCCACGCUCCAGCAGGAGAAGACAGACACGGUCCGCUGCAUCAAGUCCUGCCGCCCCAACGAUGUCACAUGCGUGUUCGACCCCGUGCACACCAUCUCCCACACCGUCAUCUCGCUGCCUACCUUCCGCGAGUUCACCCGCCCUGAAGAGAUCAUCUUCCUCCGGGCCAUCACGCCACCGCAUCCUGCCAGCCAGGCUAACAUCAUCUUCGACAUCACGGAAGGGAACCUGCGGGACUCUUUUGACAUCAUCAAACGUUACAUGGACGGCAUGACCGUGGGUGUCGUGCGCCAGGUGCGGCCCAUCGUGGGCCCAUUUCAUGCCGUCCUGAAGCUGGAGAUGAACUAUGUGGUCGGGGGCGUGGUCUCCCACCGAAAUGUUGUCAACGUCCACAUCUUCGUCUCUGAGUACUGGUUCUGAGGGCUGGUCUGCCGCACAGCCGCAGGCGCACCCCUAGGCCAAAUCAUUGCUGCCAGUGACUGUGGCCUGUACUUGUUUAUACCCUCAGAAUUUUUUAAUGUUAGGUAUUUGUAGCAUUAGGCCAACAUGUAUUAAGCUGAGCCAGAUGAAUAAGUCCAUCUGAUGUACUUUUGGUGUUUAAAAAAAUGAGUCCAAUUGCUCAACUGUUUGGUUGAAAACCUUGCUCAUUUUUUAAUGCGAAGGCUAAGUAUCACCCCCUUUCUCUGCCUCUGGGCUGGGCCUUGCUAAGGGCCAAGGAAAGAAAGACAUUUUUUAGGGGGCAGCCAGUCCAAAUGCCAAAAGAAGACCAGUUCUUGCCCUGAUUGUAUGAAAUUUGACAUUUUGGUCCUUUUUUUUUUUUUUUUUUGGCCGAUCAGAUUUUCUAUGUUCUAAGGACAUGGCUGCUGUAGAAUAGCACAGACGUGGAUGAUAAAUUAUCCCCAGAAGCAGCAUGACAGAAUGCCUCGGGGAGCACUUGGAAGGGAAAUUGCAGUUCUGUUGAAAUAGAGGAAAAUCCCUUGGUAAAGACAGCCUGUUAGGCUCGUGUGGGCCUCCAGUAUGUUCACCAGGGGAAUGGCUGGGAUUUCUCGGCGCUCUGCAUCAUCCAUCUUUUCUUAUAGGUGGGAAAAUAAACAACUUUGUGAUCCUCCUGA